AUGGAAGGUGCUAAGCCUUGUGUUACUCCAGUCUCAGCAACAGACAAGCUAUCUUCUUCUUCAGGUGAACUUCUCUCAAACCCAAUUGAAUACAGAUCUUUAGUUGGUGCUUUGCAGUAUCUUACAUGGACCAGACCAGAUAUUACUUAUGCUGUCAAUCUUGUAUGUCAGUACAUGCAGCAUCCUACCACUACUCAUCUUAUAGCUUCCAAGAGAAUUCUAAGAUAUAUCAAGGGUACUUUGGAUUUUGGUUUGAAGUUCACAAGGGGAAGUUCUUUUCUUUUAGGAUUUUCUGAUGCAGAUUGGGCAGGAUCAAUUGAUGAUAGAAGAUCUACUAGAGGUUAUUGUGUUUUUCUUGGCUCAAAUAUUAUUUCCUGGUCUUCUAAAAAGCAAACUACAGUGGCUAGAUCUAGUACAGAAGCAGAAUACAGAACUUUGGCUCAUAGUGCAGCUGAAAUGGUGUGGAUCUGUUAUCUCUUGAAUGAUCUGCAUUUUCCAAUUUCAGAGAGCUUGUUCAAGGGAAAUCUUUGGAUGGUUUAUGUUCAUACAUUAGAUCAAAUUGCUGAUAUUUUUACCAAGGGUCUUCAUAGUCCACGGUUUCUAUUUCUCAGAGACAAACUAAUGGUUGUUCAGAUACCCAUCAGUUUCCGGGGGGAUAAUAACAUAGUCAUUAAAGUUACAGAUGUUACAGCUCAGGAUAUGGAAGCGGUGCAGGAUAAGGGAAAUUGCAGUGCAGGUUAA